AGGUGUGAAAGGAAGGGGGUCCCUCCCUCAUAUCAUUGAUGAAUGAUCCAAAAAGGACACUCUCAACCACCCCAGCCCAUACACUGCGUCCCAACCAUCAUUUUGGAGGAGAGAAGCUCUGCAAAAACUCCAUUUUCAUCCAUCAUACACGCACCAAGAACAAAGGAGGAAGAAGGAGGGGAAAAGAGAAGAGAAAAGUUGGUUUUGGAGAGGAAAACUUGUGUUUAACAAGGUAUUCAAGGAACUUCACGGAGUUGAAAAGGUCGCCGGAGUUGUCGCCGGAGUUCGUUGAAGUUCGCCGGAGUUUCGCCGGAGCUAAAUCGGGAAGGCUAGAACUUCAUAAGCUUCAUUAAGGUGUGAAGACGGCUUUAUGCGUUAUAACUUUUGCGUGAGGCAUGAGAUUACCUAAAGUAAUCAAGGAUAUGUUUUGUGGAAUGAUUAAAGAUAAUCAUGUAUUUGCUUAUGCCAUGAUUUUGCAUAAAACAUAGUUGAAAAGCAUGUUAUGUAGGUUUGGUGAUUAAAAAUGUGAUAACAUAUUUUGUGUGAUGAUCCAGAGAUCCAAAAUGGUAGUUUUGGAUCAAGGACAUCAAGA